CACGUACUUCCGGUGGUAGCGGAAGUACCCGCUGUACGUCCAUUAAAAGCAGAAUUAAUGGCUUUUGUAUAAAAUGCUGUCAAAAUUUGAAGAACCGCGGAUACAUUAAGAGUUUGCUUUAACAAAUUAUGUUUGAUAUCGAGCGAAGAGCCAGCGAGCAGCACACGUGACGGACAUCGGAGUGGAUUCUCCCGUAUGAAGGGGAGGAGGCUCAACAUGGAGGACUGUUUGCACACUUCCUCCGACAACCUCGCCAAACUGGUGAAAUGGGCCCACAGUCAUGGAACAAUCUGCACCUUGAUCCCCAACCUGAAGCACAUGCUGAACGAGGGCUCUCACGGCACCCUGACGGCCCUGUGGGGCUGCAGCGCCGGUCACGCCUACCACUGGCCCCUCAACACCACCUGCAAAACCGGGAACAAGGAACGCAUGUGCUACGCAGAGAGCCGCAGCAUCAACACGGACAGUAUGAUUCAGGCAGCUGCCGUCAUGCAGAACACCUCGGCCGAGCGCUUCCUCGGCAAUGCCGGGAAACACAAGGGCAGCUCCAGCCAAGGCGACUCCAGUCAGAUCCACGACUCGUGCGACAUCUCCAACUGCAGCGAAGCCUCCGAGAUGGACGACAACGGCGAGGAGUACAACAACAACCUGUACGACAUCGUCUGCGAGUCGUCGGCCACCGACGAAGACGGCGACUCCGAGUUCAACCACGCCUCGAGCGCCGCGCACAGGAAAAGAGCCGGGAAAGGACCGGGACCCGAGGACAGCACUGACCCGGCGUUGAAGAAGAUCAAACAAGAGAGGGGUGAAGACUAUUACAGCGUGGCCAACCAACAGAUGCCUAGCAGCUCGGAGGGGAACCGCUCUUCUGGAGGCGUCACGCAGUCGCCCAGGCCGAACCUCCAGAACAGGCCGCCCUCUAGUUCUUCGAUGUCCCAGAAGCCGUCCUCUGUAGACGGAGAUUCCCUGGCGGUGUCCUCGUCUCCGCUGGACAACUCCCCUACGUCCAUGAUCAAACCCUUGCGUGCGCCUUUCCACGUUACCCAGAACAAAAUGCACAUGAACUCGAACCCUGCAUGCAGUCAAAGUUUGGCAGCCGUUCCCCAUUCUGGAAGGAUUGACGCUAUGGGGGUGCUCCACCGGGACGAAUAUCCCAGGUCUUCUUUGUCUUACGGAGAGGCUUCCAUUGGUGUAAACCCUGAAAUGGAUCUUCUAGCAACGCAAGCACUUAGUACAGAAGUUAGAGCAGACAACACAGUAUCUCCAGCUGUGUAUGAAAUAGAGAGACUGAAAGCACUACUAGAGGCUGAGAGAAGCAAAGGUGACUUGAUGGGUGAAACCAUCAGCAGCCUGAAACAAGACAAAGAGCUUCUGCAACAGGAACUCACUAAGAAGGCUGAGCUCAUCUGUGACUUCCUGCAAGAACAACUACGCCCAGAUAAAAGAAGGACACUUUCGUCAAGUCAAAUGGAGGCAUGCAGCUCGCAUCAGAUAAUUACCUCUAUUCCUGAAGAGGGCGCUCCGCUUGACUCUCCAGCCCUCUUCGACUCCUUUGAGGAAGUGGAGUUGCUCCCACGGGACAGGCAGAGGACCAUCAAGAUUUCAUCAAAGAGAAGCAGAGAUGGCGAGAACACGCGUGUCCGAAUGAAAAACGUUGUGGGUGUGAUUGCUCGAUAUAUGGCUGCACUGCAAGAGUUUCGACGUUGUGUGUCCAUGAAAGUGGCUUUUGAGAGAGUCGGAGUAGACCGUAAUACCAUUUCCAGGACAGCAGCCAUUGCUGAACUCAGCUUGGCGGCCCCUGAAGUCUUCCACGCUCUGCCUCCAUGGGAUGAGAAGGAGGAAACGUUGGCCCACUAUGCAGUCAGAUGCCGACAGGCCAUGGAUGACAGCAUCAAAGCCAAGAUUAAAAGUAUGAAAGUAAAGGGGGAACUUCUACCAAUUGUCAGCAAAUAAUAAUAAAUAAAAAAAAUACAUUUACCGUAUCUGACAGUGGACAUUACAGUGGACAUGAGGACCACCACCCUUAAUGAACACUUUGGAUUUCACCAUCACAUUUCGGCCUUGUUCUUCUUUUUUCCUCUUUUGCCAUGAUCAGUCACAAAGUGAGCUAUUUAUGCCAGCACACUUGUUUAAAACUUUCAAUCAGUUGUUGUACUUGUUCUUGGCCAAUUUGGCUUUUAAAUGAAAUUAAAUAAUUGUUUUGUAUGCCUUGUAUUAGUAUCAGAUUGCCUGACCAAUAUUUACUUCAGUGUUAAACAUUAGGUAAAUAAUGAUAAUAAUAAUUUUAUGACUGCAUGCUUACUUCCAUCACAAACUACAGUGUAUGUUUGUACUUUCUGACACGACACCUCUUCCUCUCUGAAUACCAGAUUAGUGUCAUGUAACAAGAUUGUCAAGGUGUUGACUGUGAAAAAUAAGUUCUUAAGGAUCUUACACUGCAUUGUAUGAUCCGGUGGGUUCAAUGACUGUUAUUGUGAAUAAUAAAUGGAAAA